AGACUUCGAGGGGAAAAGUACUAGCUAGUGCUCUCAUAACAUUCAUUUUGCAACGUUUUUUCCUCUCACUUCAAAAAGAAGCAUAACGCGUCAGUUUUAUCAAGGAUAUUACACAUUUUAUUCAUUUACGCCAGGUUUUAUGUUGUUUUAAUUUUUUUGCAAAGCUUCGUUUUUGGCGUGUUCUCAUCUGGAAGGAACCUGUGCGUACGUACGAGAAGGUGUAUCCAUUAUGCGCGCCUCUGUGCAGUGGUCUGGUGCGGUAAACGCCCUGUGAGAGAUUUCUGAGAGGUGGUGUCAUCUUUUAGGGCCAGAAGAUUCUAUUUAUAUUAGAAAGCUGCAAUCCCUUAACUAUAACUCAGCCUGAGCUGCUUGUAAGCUACCCGAGAGAGGCUUUCGGGAAUCAUAUGACCUGCUGCAGCUCAUUCCAAAGAUACCGGAAAGGGCGCUCGCUCCCGCAGCUUUUGCGCUCUUUCAAACCACAGUCUUCGGAAAGGGGUACAUCUGGAGGAUGUACAACACCGCAGGACAACAGAAAGACGUUGAAUAUUAGGAUAAGAAAUACUGCUCUUUGUUUGUAACGGAUAUAUAUAUAUAUAUUACAGUUGAGAAGGGACACUGAUAGAGCAAAAAAUGCCGGAGGAAAAAGUAUUUCACCAGCAGGCUGUCCACAGCCCUCUGGAGCAGGGGAAGCAGGGGAAGCAGGGCAGCGGUGGCAGCAGCUCUGUCCCCUGUCAGAACUGUGGCAAGGCCUGCAAGGGAGAGGUGUUGCGCGUGCAGAAUAAACACUUCCACAUCAAGUGCUUCGUCUGCAAAGUGUGUGGCGUUGACCUGGCCCAGGGGGGGUUCUUUGUGCGUCAGGGGGAGUACAUCUGCACCCUGGACUACCAGCGGAUGUACGGCACGCGCUGCUUCAGCUGUGAGGAGUUCAUCGAGGGAGAGGUGGUGUCAGCGCUGGGAAAGACCUACCACCCACGCUGCUUCGUCUGCGUCACCUGCAAACAGCCGUUCCCUGCCGGUGACCGUGUGACAUUUAACGGUAAAGAAUGUGUCUGCCAAAACUGUACACAGCCCCAGUCUGCCAACAGCCCUGCUCCCAUACAGGCUGUCCACAACUGCUGUGGCUGUGGGAAGGAGUUUAAGAAUGAGCAGUCUCUUGUAGCGCUGGAUAAACACUGGCAUCUGGGCUGCUUCAAGUGUAAGGUGUGCAACAAGGUGCUCAACGCCGAGUACAUCAGCAAGGAUGGGAUCCCCUACUGCGAGGUGGACUACCAUGCCAUGUACGGCAUCCAGUGUGACAGCUGCAAGAAGUACAUCACUGGGAAAGUACUGGAGGCUGGGGAGAAACACUACCACCCGUCAUGUGCCCGCUGUGCCAGGUGUGAGCAGAUGUUUGGAGAGGGAGAGGAGAUGUACCUGCAAGGUAACUCCAUCUGGCAUCCUCCUUGCAGACAGGCAGCCAGACAGGAGGAGAAGAGUAAGAAGCAGGUCCGGAUACAGGUCAAUGACGUCCCUGAGCAGCAGGUGAGCAGGACAUCCUCUGAGAGCAUCACCUCUGUCCCAGCCUCCAGUGCGUCUGGCUCUCCGAACAGGGUCAUCUAUGCCAAACUAGGAGAUGAGAUGCUGGACUACAAAGACCUUGCUGCUCUGCCAAAGAUCAAGGCGAUCUACAACAUUGACCGGCCAGACAUGCUCUCCUACAGUCCCUACGUCAGCUACCCCUCAGAGGAACGACACUACGGAGAGGGUGAUGGAGAGAAGUCUCCUCGUCAGAGGAGGCCCUCCAGCCCCAGCUCCAACAGCUCCCUGGGGAAGUAUGGAGGGUACACCCCUUCUCGCUCCCCCCAGAACUACAGCAGGCCGGGGGAUCUUUAUAUGGCCAGUAAAGCAAUGGGUAAUAGAUAUGGCCAGGCCCUUGACUCCAGCUUCCUCCCCCACCCCUCAGCCUACACAGGGGGGCCUAAGUACCUCUCCUCCUUGGUUAGGGACUCCUCCACCCUCCCCAUGGACUACUCAAGGGGUCUACCCCCCAAGUUCCCUGGGGGGCUGCAGGUGCCUGGGCCGUUGACACAGCCUGGUAAUAUGUCUCCCGGUGGCAGAGUCUCUCCUGGAGGCAGAAACUCUCCUCUGCCCCUUAACCCUACCACCCUGGCCAUGCUCCAGCAGCACAACUAUGUGCCCUACUUCAGAGGCCUCAAACAGGACCCCCUACUACCACCUGAAUCUCAACCUAAGACGUCCCUGCAUCUCAAUUUACCUCCUCACGGUCACGGUAGUGAAAGUGGUCGGAGUACCCCCAGUUUGUCCACGUAUUCCGAUGGCAAAUCUCCCUCCUUCACCUAUGUGGCAACUCCCAGGCAUUUCCACGUACCAGAGACUAAGGUCAAGAUAGAUAAUAUCUAUAGACAACCCCCUAUCUACAGACAGCAUGCCUCUAGAACUUCCUGGCAAGAAGGAGACGACAUCAAGACAAGGACCAGUUGGAUGAUCUUGAAGAGUGAGAUAGACGGCGAGCCCCUCCCAGAGUACCUGCUGGACCCCAGGAAGUCUACCUGCAGCCUGCCCACUGACACCUCCCGGACCAACUUCCCAUACAAUAAGUGUGCUUCCCUGCCAGGAUAUGGAAGGAAUGGCAUAUACAAGGUUGCCGACCAUGUUGAGGUUGACCCAGACCAGCAGGACUCCCACAGCUGGGGAGGAAUGAGAGAGUACAAGGUGUACCCCUAUGAGGUGCUGUCUGUGACCCACAGGGUGAGGGUGAAGCUACCCAGAGAUGUGGACCGUACCAGACUGGAGAGACACCUCUCCCCAGAGGACUUCCACCAUGUGUUUGGGAUGACCCUGAAUCAGUUUGACCGCAUGGCUCUGUGGAAGAAGAACGACAUGAAAAAGAAGGCACGCCUUUUCUAAAGCCGAGCAGGAGAACGGGAGAAAAAUCAUUAUAACAUCUCCAGUCUACAACGUCUGUCCUGUCUGGAAGAAAGAAAAAAACAUCUGAAAUAAUCUACAUAUGCACCGUUACAACUGAGAAACAUCUAAUCGCAGACAGAAUGGGGAGUGGUUGGGAGUACCCAAUGGUUUCACAAUGUCGCUGUAACAUCCAACGUUGAGGCGAUGUUCGUCACCUAUAGCUUUUGUAUGCGAGUGGUCUGAAUGUUACUCUGAUUACCUUUAAGGGAGGUAAAGGGAGAUGCAUUUACAUGGUCCGUCACACCACUCCUCCUCCAAUCCUCUUCUCCUCUCAUCCCUCUAUGCGAGUUCUGCAUCCCGCUCUCCCUUCCUCUGCAAAAAAGAGAAAUAGCAGCUUUUCUAAAAUUCAUGAUGUUUUUUUUCUCUUUGUUUCUGUGUUUCUCAUUGGUUUCAUGUGUGUUCCUUUUACUGUUUGUCUCCACUUGUUCCUUUCACUGUUUUUAUAAGGUCUCACUCUCUUUCCUUAUCUACCGUGUCUUGUUUAACGUCUCUCUCUCUCUCUCCCUCUCUCUCUAUCUCCCUCUCUCUCUAUCUCCCUCUCUCUCUCUCUCUCUCUCUCCCUCUCUCUCUCUCUCUCUCUCUCUCUCUCUCUCUCUCUCUCUCCCUCUCCCUCUCCCUCUCUCUC